CCUUCACUGUCACAUCUGACAGUAGUUUGUUGUUGAUUGUCAGAUGGUGUCGUUGAGAUCAAUGACUAAUAAAUAAAUAAGUAAAGUGUGGAGUGUUUCUGAGCAACAAUGUCCCUCUACCCGAGCCUGGAGGAUAUGAAGACCGACCAGAUGGGCUGCGCCCCAUUUCCAGGGCUGCCAACGCAGGCGAGCCCAGUGCUGGGGACGGUGUACCCCGCCCUGGAGCCCUACAUGGGGCUGGAGCUGAGCGAGGAAGUGAUCCGCCUCAACAUGCCCGAGUACAGGCUGGCCCCGAGCGGGGGCAGCGCCAUGGUGGCCCCCCUGAGCGGCCAGUCGUUGGGCCUCCAAAAGGCCCAGGUGACUAACGCGGUGCGCCAAGUCGUCCUGUGCAAGGACAAGGACAACAAGAUCGGGCUGCGCCUCAAGGAGGUGAACAAGGGCAUUUUCGUGGCCCUGGUGGUCAGCCAGUCGCCCGCAGCCUUGGCAGGGCUGCGCUUCGGCGACCAGAUCCUUCAGAUCAAUGGCAUCAACAUGGCCGGGUUCUCCAUGGAAAAGGCCCACGAUCUGCUGAAGAAGAGCGCGCCCGAGGCCAUCGCGAUGGCGAUCAGAGACCGACCCUUUGAGCGCGCCAUCACUCUCCAUAAGGACAGCACCGGCUGCUUGGGCUUCCAGUUCAAGGAUCAGAGGAUCAGCGCGCUGGUUAAGGACUCAUCGGCCGCCCGCAAUGGGGUUCUGAUCGAUCAUCAGCUGCUGGAGGUGGACGGCCAGAACGUGAUCGGCCUGAGCGACAAACAGAUCAGGGACAUUAUUCAGCAGGCUGGCAACGUGGUCACCAUCACGGUGAUGCCCCGCUUCAUCUACCAGCACAUGGUCAAGAAGAUGGCGGGAUCGCUGAUCAAGGGCCUGAUGGACCAUUCCCUGUGAUCAGGCCUCCAUCGCACUCUUAUCUGGUGCCAUACUUUUAUCUCUUCCUAUCGUGUAAUCGCAUUUAUUUUGUAUCGCCGCUGGGCACUUUAGUGCACUAUGUUAUUAUCAAUAAAUACUUGAUUUUAA